AGUGGGGAGAAGUACUGCCGCAAUGCUGCGUGUGUUAUAAUAAUGUGAAAAAUAAAAGAUUAAAAAUUAUAACAAGUCGAUAUUUAUGGUUAAGUUAUAUCUAUAAAUUAAUCUGCAUUUGUUUUGAUAUGGAGAACGAUAGUCUCAUUGUUACAAACGAUGAAAAGCUCAAAAGAUGACAGAAAUAGGAAGGCUCGCAUUUAUCUAUAGAGAAAUAUUCAGAUGUCUUUUGUAUGAUAAAAGGUAAAAUUCGUUAUAUAAAAAAUGCAACGAGGCUCCAUGUAUUGUUGCCAUAAAAGUAGUAACAAAAAAUUCUUGCAUUUCUGCUCCAAAAGAAGUUUAUACUGGUUUUUCGCGCUGUUAAGACUGUUAUUUAAUUUUUUUCCUCAAACUGGUUAUAUUCAUCCAGAUGAAUUUUUUCAAUAUAUCGAAGUAGCUGCAGGUGACUCUUUUGAUAUUGAUGUCUAUAAACCAUGGGAGUACAAUGUAACUUUUCCAAUAAGAAGUUCAAUCUUUCCUCAGUUAUGUGUCAGACUCCCUUAUUUACUUCUUGAAUGUUUAGAUCCGAAGGUUGAAUAUUUCUUUGGAAUUUCAUUGAAAAGUCCUUACUUCUUGGUGCUCUUUCCAAGAAUUGUGAUGACUCUUCUAUCUUUUAUAUCAGAUUAUUGUUUAUUCAAGAUCUGUACAAUUUUUCACGAGCCUUUUGUAGAUAGGAUGAAUAUUUUUGCAAGUUCCUACAUUAUGUUAACAUACUGCACAAGGACAUUUUCCAAUUCUAUUGAAAUGAUAUUGAGUUCUAUGUUAAUUUAUUAUGUUUCAAGGUGUAUUGAAUUUUCUAGUAAAGUGGUUUUGCAAAGUGAUUAUUUAGCAGAAAAAUAUUAUAAAGCCAAAAAUGGAGUAGAACGCACUAGAAUUCAUAAACUCAGAGUAUUAUUGCCUAGUCAUUCAUUGAAUGACUGUCUCCAUCUAGCAGCUCUCGCCGUUGUUGGCAUUUUCAACAGGCCUACUUUUAUAGCAUUUGCCUUACCUCCAAUAUUUUUCUGGUUGCAAAGGGGUCUUGGAUCAAAAAGUGUUGGAUUCUUGGAUUUUCACAUUAGAAUUUUUAUGUUGGUUUUGUGUGCUGUUCCAAUAAUUCUCUUUCUCACCAUCUAUGAUAGUUUUUACUUUGGAUAUCUCACUAGUGAAGAAGUUGGAAAAUUGGAAAUUACAAUCAACAGUUUUGUUGUCACACCAUUCAAUUUUUUGAAAUACAAUACACUCACAGACAAUCUUAAACAACACGGACUUCAUCCGCGGUUUUUGCACAUUCUUGUGAAUGUACCACUACUAUUUAAUGUUUUAGGCAUAUUUGGGAUUUAUGAAUUUGCAAAAAUGGUGAACAGUGGAAUGAAAGGCAAAUGGUUAGAGUUGCCAAGGAUUCAAAGUAUUGAUAGCUUGAUGAUAGCAUCUUUCAUUGUCCCAAUUGCUCUAUUAUCAAUUUUUCCACAUCAGGAACCUAGAUUUAUAAUCCCAGUAUUCUUACCACUGGUUUUCUUAUUUGCUCAUUGCAUCAAGAGUCCUGAUAUUGACGUGAUUAACAUUCCUGAUAGAAAGAAGUCAGCAUCUGUGACUCCUCAAAAAAAGGAUUAUAUUAAUUACAAGAAAAUCUGGUAUAUAAGCAAUAUAAUCUUAGCAAUAUUUUAUGGAUUUAUACAUCAAGGAGGCAUUUUACCAUUAUCGUCUUAUUUAUUCAAAGAAUUAAAAUCAAAGCCUGAUCUCACACAUAUUCAUUUAUACAUUUCGUAUUCUUAUCCAUUGCCUACUGGUCUACUUCAUCUAAGAAACACAAAGAGAACGUAUAUCAGUAAUUCUGGCCACAAGUAUAAACUAGUGAAAGACUUUUACAUGAAUGAAUUUGGUUCUGAAGGUAUGGAGUUUGUACAUAAUAAAAUUGCACUGGAUGUUUACGAUCGCGAAAGAUAUCAUCAAUUUGAAAAAAUUCCCUCCAGACUAUACUAUGCAUUACCUUAUAGUUUAUACAACGAAUUUUUACAUUAUACGUUGAAUAACGAAACUCAGUUUUUUAAUACUAAAUUCAUCAAAUCAUUCUAUCCACAUUUUUCAUUGGAAAAACCGCCGGAGUUACAUUUUAUAGCAAAUUGUUCGAUCGUAGGAUUACCACAGUGUGUUUUAAAAUUCGUCAAAAGUCCAAUGGACAACGUUAUAAACUUUUUCAGGCAAUUUUCUUUAGUAUUAUUGAGAAUUGAACCAGUGAGCAAAAAACGAUUGUGAUACUCAUUAUAAAUAUUAUUUGAUUUAUACUGUGCAAAUAAAAUUCAAAAACAAAAUUCAAAAAAA